UGUGGCCUGUAUCACCCCCAAGAGCAGAGCUCCAAUGGCCCUGUGAAGAAGUCAAUGCGUGAGAAGGCCGUGGAACGCCGGAAUGUGAACAAGGAGCACAACAGUAACUUUAAAGCAGGGUACAUUCCCAUCGAUGAAGAUCGCCUCCAUAAGACAGGCCUGCGUGGCAGGAAAGGCAACUUGGCCAUUUGCGUGAUCGUCCUGCUUUUCAUUUUGGCUGUCAUCAAUUUGAUCAUUACGCUUGUUAUCUGGGCUGUGAUUCGCAUUGGUCCCAACGGCUGUGACAGCAUGGAGUUCCACGAGAGUGGCUUGCUGAGGUUUAAGCAGGUUUCUGACAUGGGCGUUAUACACCCACUCUAUAAAAGCACCGUAGGAGGCAGACGUAACGAAGACUUGGUGAUUACAGGGAAUAACCAGCCUAUUGUGUUUCAGCAAGGAACAACAAAGCUCAGUGUGGAGAAGGACAAAACUUCUAUUACCAGUGACAUUGGCAUGGAGUUUGUUGACCCACGGACACAAAACACCUUGUUCAGCACAGACUAUGAAACGCAUGAAUUUCAUCUGCCAAAUGGAGUAAAAAUCUUGAAUGUACAAAAGGCUUCUACAGAGAGGAUUACCAGCAAUGCAACCAGCGAUCUAAACAUAAAGGUUGAUGGACGUGCUAUAGUCCGUGGAAACGAAGGGGUUUUCAUUACAGGCAAGACCAUUGAGUUCCGCAUGGGAGGCAACAUGGAGCUCAAAGCAGAGAGCAGCAUCAUCCUGAACGGGACGGUGAUGGUGAGCCCGGCGCGGCUGCCGAGCUCUUCCUACGGGGAGCAGUUCGGGAACGGCAACUGGCUGCGCUUCAAGCUCUGCAUGUGCGCGGACGGGACCCUCUUCAAGGUGCAAGUGACGGGGCACAACAUGGGCUGCCAGACGGCGGCCAAUCCCUGCGGAUUGUCCCGCUGA